UCUGGAGCUAGGUUGGAGUUAAUCACUGAAUAACUUUACGGUUUAUGGCCGCCAUAGAUAAAGUUCGUGUUCUGGUUGUAGGCGAUUCCGGGGUUGGAAAAACUUCCCUUACACAUCUGAUUGCGAACAAUGAACCACUUACGUCGCCAGGAUGGACUGUGGGGUGUGCUGUAGAAGUAAAGCUUCAUGAAUAUAAGGAAGGAACGACAUCACAGAGCACAUUUUUUAUAGAACUGUGGGAUGUGGGAGGAUCGAUUAGUCAUAAAAAUACACGGGGUGUUUUCUAUAAUCCAACACAUGGAAUCAUACUGGUGCAUGAUUUAACCAAUAAAAAGAGUCACGAAAAUCUUCAACGAUGGCUAAUCGAAAUACUGAAUAAAGAUGGGAAGGACGCAAUGAAAGCCGGAGAUGUUAUUGAGAUUGAUCCAGAGCAGUUCCUCGGAUCAACACAGUUUAAAAAUUCUCAGAUUCCCAUUUUGGUGAUUGGAACUAAACUCGACCUGCUGGAUGAUAAUCAUAAGAACAAGCUUCUCAACAGAACCUCUGCCGGAAGCAUAGCAGAACAAUGUGGCGCCGAUGAGAUAUGCUUAAAUUGCCACGAAGCAAGGAGCCUUGCAGCAGGAACAACAGAUGCCGUUAAGUUGUCACGAUUCUACGACAAAGUUAUUGAGCGGAAAUAUUACAACAGAGAAACAGGACGAAAAUACGCUGGAACCUACAACAGCACACCGCCCUUCAAUUCUUUUGCUAUGCCACCACCAAGUACGACAUUCUAUAACCAGUCCACGCAAGAAUCAGUUCCAUAAAAUAUACUGCAAGUACUAAUUCUUUAUUAUUCAAUUAGA